UAUUUUUUUUAUCCUAUGUGCGUUGAUAAUGUAGUGUACAGGACAACUCCGAUUAAGUUGCAGCUGUUGUCCGCUCUUAUGCGACAAUGCGACAUGGCCAUGUGACAAAAUAACCUAGAAGUAUUAUUUACACGCGAAAAGAACUGUACAAUUGGGUGUUUUAUUGACGUUCAACAAUGAACAGUGUCAACGAAGAAAGAUUACCAAAUAUGUCUGAUACGAUAAAUAGUAACGUGGAUUCAAUAGAAAGAGAACCAUCAAUAACGCAUCAGAAGCAUAUCUCAAAACAGGUUGACUCAGAAAAGGAACGCGAGAAACUACAUAUUCCAAGGGGCAAACCAAAAUCUGGUAGGGUAUGGAAAGAACAGAAAACGAAAUUUUCUUCUAUAAUCAAAACACGUGGAAUUCGGUUAUCAUUUGCUAAGAAACAAAAGUUGAGAGAAGAUCUGAAACGUGUUAAGCAAAUGUCAAGAGCCAUUAAGGCACAAAAACAUGAGGAAAAAGAAGCAAAGAAGCAACGAAGAAGAGAAAACUUAAAGAGAGCUGAAGAGAAUAGAAAGAAAAGUGAAGUUGUACAAGUUAUUACAAAUACUGCAAAAAUAAAAAGAAUGAAAAAGAAACAAUUACGAAUGAUUGAAAAGAGAGACACAACAAAAGUGUAACGCUCAAGUGUAACACACAAUAUAUACGUGAGAAUAUCA